AUGAGCGGCGACUUGGAUGCCAUCUCCUGCGCCCUAUGGGGUCGCGGCGCUCCGCCACAGAACGCGGUGGGCCUGCUCUUGGCUCUCGUCAACUUGGUGGUUCAUGUGCCAUUCACCGACUUGCCCGUACUGCGGGACUACGAGCUGGGGCAGCUGCGAGAGCAGUACGACUACGUCAUCGUGGGUGGUGGAUCCGCUGGCUGCGUGAUCGCAAACCGGCUCUCAGCAGAUCCCCACGUCACGGUGCUGCUCCUGGAAGCCGGAGGAUUGGAGACAGCUAGCCGACAGCUUCCGGCUACCGCAUCCACCAAUACCGGAGGGCACGACGACUGGGCCUACUGGAGCCGACUCUACCUUCCCCGCGGCAAAGUACUCGGCGGCACCAGCACGAUAAACUUAUUGAUGUACGUACGAGGACACCCGUACGAUUUCGACCGUUGGGCCCGAGAGUACGGAGCCAAGGGAUGGGCGUACGAAGAGGUGUUGCCCCACUUCAAGGACAUCGAGGAUUAUCGCGCGGAAACACCGGACGAGUACCACGGCACAGGUGGCGAGGUGCCGAUAGAUUACGCUAACACCAGCACGCGACUGGGACGGCUCCUGCUGGAGGCCUGCAACCAGUCUGGUUACCCUUACGUCGACUACAACGGCCGCACGCAAUCAGUACAAGGUAACAGACUGUACUUUUGGGCAUUGGUGGUUAACCUCUAUUCCUCUCAUCUCUCUCUCUCUCUCUGUCUGUCUCUCAAUCCACAGGUGAUAAUCGAAGGAAGGCGUGCUGUGGGCGUGGCACUGACCAGGUACGGCCAGCCGCAGAGGGUGUCGGCGGCGCGGGAAGUGAUCCUUUCGGCAGGAACGGUAGGAUCAGCUCAACUGUUGAUGCUAUCCGGAAUAGGGCCCAGGGAGGACCUCGAGCGUCUACAGAUUCCUGUGGUGGCCGACCUUCCUGUAGGACGCACUCUGCAGGAACACGUGACUAUGGAGCUGGCCGUGCCCGUAAGCACCGAUGUGGCCGCCGGCAUCCAGCCUUCUACCCUAGAUGACAUUACGCAAUAUGCCACCAACAGAUCCGGUGAGGAUGCAUCGUCUUUCUCUAUGGCAUGCAUUAUUGUGGACCGAGAGAAACUACAAUACGAACAUUUUUAUAUGCUCGUACCAGGGCCGAUAUCGAUGCCACAAACCGAGGUUCUACAGUUUCUGAAGACCAAUUAUGCGGCUGAUACUGGCAUCCCCGACAUCGAGAUAGCUGCCAAUUCGAACCCACCGGCUACAGAGCUGCUCAGGACAUCGCUUCUGAACCUAGGCUUACUGCCAGAGGCUUACGACAGCUUUCUCGGGCCCCGAAACGGCCAGCCUGGCUUCCUCGGUGUAGUGCUUCUCAACAGGCCAAAGUCCAGGGGUACACUUCGACUGCGGUCCACGGAUCCAAACGACCACCCAGACAUUGACCCAAGUAUCCUCGAACACCCCGACGAUGUUAGGGCGGCUGUUCAAGGCAUGUAUCUGACAUCUUUUCCUCUCGUUCUGCGGCAGGGAACGAAGAUCUUUAUCGACAAGAUGCUGAGCACGGACGCCAUGAAGAGCAUUGGCGCCAAGCCCUGGGACGUGACCUUUCCCCCGUGCGCUGAGGUGGGUCCGCGGUGGAGCCCCGAAUACAUCGAGUGCAUGUUCCGGCACCUUGCGCACGCGGGCUGGCACAUGUGCUGCACGGUGCCCAUGGGCUCGCAUCCUGAAGCAGUCCUGGAUGAGCGCCUCAGGGUCCGAGGGAACGUGAAGGGCCUCAGAGUUGCCGACGCCUCCGUGAUGCCCGAUAUCGUGAGCGGCCACACACACGCCCCAAGCAUGAUGAUUGGCAACAAGGCGGCGGCCAUGAUCGUUGAGGACGACGGCACUUUUCAAUCGUAAUGCGGCGCGUCCAAAUUGUCUUUCAAGCUCGUUGACCGGUGCAUUACACAAUUGCAC